AGAAGUGCAACGACGAGAUUCAGUCCGUCGCUCUUUGUUUUUUUUUUUUUGGUAUAAUUUUGUCAAAUAUCAUUGCACUCACCGUACAACUACCGUGUGCGAGGGUAUCUUGCCAGAACAAUAAUAAACGCAAUCGGUUGCUGAACUUUUCUAAAUUAUGGGUCGUGUAUUUUUGGAACAUUUGGGUGGCAUACGUCUAUUCAAUUGUGCACAAUGUCAAACAAAUUUAACUAAUCGAAAUCAGUUGAUAAGCACUCGAUUCACUGGAGCUACUGGACGCGCUUAUCUCUUCAAACGUGUCGUCAAUUUAACCUUUAGCAAUAUCCAGGAGCGUGUAAUGCUAACUGGAAGACAUAUGGUACGCGACGUUAUGUGUAAAAAUUGCAGUGCUAAACUUGGAUGGAUGUAUGAGUAUGCAACAGAUGAGGCACAAAAAUAUAAAGAAGGACGUGUUAUUUUGGAAUAUGCUCUGAUCAGUGAAAUUGAUGGCUUUCCCGAAAGUAUAACACCUGUUCACUGAAUUUUUGAACUUGCAACAACACACAUGCAAAAGCUAAUACAACUAAAAUCUCUAGUUUGCCCUCACUUUAUUACUUAAUUUAGAUUCUAACAAAUACUUUAAUCAUAAUUUAUGUACCCAGAAUAAACCUCUAAUAAGAAACACCGAUAAAAUCAUAAAAUAUAUUAGUUUGUAAUUGCAGACAUGCAUAAAUAAGAUAAGUAUUUAAGUUAAACAUUUCGUAUUAAGCCUUAAAACCAAAUUUAAAUAAAAAGUAAUUAGUAUACCAUAUUUUCCAAAAUUUGUCACAUAAUUUUAAGUCAACGAAGCUUUAAAGCUAAUCGUAAAUUGAAUGAUUUUAAAGAAACCAAAUGAAAUUUUAAUAAAAAUUUGAAUUUUUCACAAUUA